AUGAAUAAUCAAUAUAGUAUCCAGCUUCAAAAAUAUGAAUUUGGCCGAGCUUUAUUUGAUGCUUUAGACAGAAAUGAUCCCGAACUACUUAAACUAAUUUUGGAUCAAUAUCGUAAUAUUCCCACAAAUUCGACAGUAGCAGAAAUCAAUGGCCUAACACCAUUGCAUGUUGCCGCUUUAAAAGGAAAUUUAGAAUGCUGUGAAACUUUGCUUGAUUACGGUACCAAUAUAGACAUAAAUGCUAGAGACGAUCAUGAAAGAACCCCUUUGCAUAUUGCCUGCCUUUAUUCUCAUUUAUCCAUUGCCCAGCUUUUAACUCGCUCUGGUGCCUUAUUGAAUAUUUCUGAUAUCUAUGGAAACACUCCCCUUCACUAUGUAAUCUUGAUAGGCAACACAGAAUUUAUCAAUUGAAUAUUUCUUAAAAAUCCCAAUACAGAAGUUAAAAAUAAAGAAGGAAAAAUUCCAACAGAAAUGAGCAAAAAAAAAAACAUAAAAUUGUUGGUUUUUAAGCUUAUGAGGCCUUCACUUGGCUCUGACAAUUUUAUAAAGAGCCGGAACUCAUUGAAAAAUAUUGAAUUAAUUUCAGCUAUACCCAGUCAGCCUUCCUGCGAUUCAGACGAAGUACCAGAAUUUGUUUUUGACUCGAAAUUAUCACCAUCGGAUUUUUUAGUUCUAGAGCAGCUUGGCAAAGGUAGUUUUGGAGAGGUGUUUUUGGUUCAAAUGAAAAGCACUUGCAAAUUUUAUGCAAUGAAAGUUCUAAAAAAGCAGAAAGUUAUCACUCAAAAUUUGAUCAGAUAUGUGAUGACAGAAAGAAAUGUCCUUACUUACAUAAAGCACCCUUUUAUUGUAGGUUUAAAUUAUGCUUUUCAAACUGCAAGCAAGUUAUUUCUAGUGCUUGACUACUGCCCUGGUGGAGACUUGGGACGCCUUCUUAACAAAGAAAAAGUGUUUAGCGAAGAAAGAGCCAAAAUUUACGUUUGUGAGAUUUUAACUGCAAUAGAAGAGUUGCAUAAGAGAAACAUUAUUUUUAGAGAUUUGAAACCAGAAAACGUUGUUUUAGAUCAAGAAGGCCAUGCUUUAUUAACUGAUUUUGGACUUUCAAAAGAAGGAAUUCAAACCUCACAAGCUGCCAAUUCGUUUUGUGGCUCAAUUGCAUAUCUCGCCCCAGAAAUCUUGAGACAAAAAGGUCAUGGGAAAGCAGUUGAUUGGUAUUUAUUAGGAGUUUUAUUAUAUGAAAUGCUUAUAGGCGUUCCACCUUAUUUUUCUAACAAUAAAAAACAACUGUUAUCUAAUAUUCAAAAAGCUCCAUUAAUUGUUCCUUCGCAUCUGAACCAGACAACAAAAAAUUUGUUAAUUGGCUUACUUCAAAAAAAUUUUGAGAAAAGAUUGGGAUUUAUAGGGGAUGCCGAAGAAAUAAAGAACCAUGAAUAUUUUUAUGGGGUUGAUUGGGAUAUGGUCUUGAAAAAAAAUUUAAGGCCGCCAAAGCCUGUCAUGAAGAAUGAUGCGACUAAUGGACUUAAUAUUGAUUUUGAAGAAGAAACUGAAACUAACGAAAAUAGUAACCAUUUGCAAGGGUGGUCUUUUGUACAUGAAUAA